UUAUCCCCUUCUCCCGCUCCACCAUGGCCACCGCCAUGUCCCUCGCCAUGGCCGCGGCCACCGACGCCUCCCUCCACCACCCCGCCUUCCCCGCCCACCACAAGCUCGCCCCGGCCUCCGCCGCCCUCCCGCUCCUCUUCUCCCGCGCGCCGCUCCUCCGCUCCACCCGCCCCCGCCUCCCCCUCACCCCCUUCGUCGCGUCAUCCGACGCCGCCGAGGCGAGCGUCGACUGGACCGACGCGGAAGAAGCCGACGAGGCGGUGCCGGAGGAGGAGCCCGUGGCGGCGGCAUCCGGUGGGGAUGCGGGUUACGCGUCGGAGCCGCCCGAGGAGGCCAAAAUUUACGUCGGGAACCUCCCGUACGACGUCGACAGCGAGGCGCUCGCCCAGCUCUUCGACCAGGCCGGCGUCGUCGAGGUCGCCGAGGUUAUUUACAACAGAGAGUCAGGCCAGAGCCGUGGAUUUGGGUUCGUCACCAUGAGCACCAUUGAGGAAGCUGACAAAGCCAUCGAGACGUUCAACCGCUACGACAUUAACGGGAGACUUCUGAAUGUAAACAAAGCAGCUCAAAGGGGUUCCCGUGUGGAGAGACCUCCUCGACAGUUUGCAUCUGCUUUCAGGGCUUAUGUUGGCAACCUGCCAUGGCAAGCGGAAGAAUCUGGGUUGGUGGACUUGUUCAGCAAGCAUGGGAACGUACUUAACGCGACAGUCGUAUACGACAGAGAAACUGGGCGUUCACGCGGAUUUGGCUUUGUAACUAUGGCUUCAAAGGAGGAUCUCGACAGUGCUAUUGAGGCACUUGAUGGAGAGGAGAUGGAUGGCCGCCCACUCCGAGUGAAUGUUGCAGCUGAGCGACCCCAGCGAGGUUUCUAAUUCGGCGUAGAUCUGGAGAGCAUGGCUGGAGGUUUCUCAUGGACAGAUAAGACAGCAAUGCUGAAAUGUUACUACCGAAGAAUGAUGCUGAUUUUGACACUUACAAAUCCUGCAUUAGCCUCAUGAUGCCGGGUUCUCCCCUCCGCUCUUUGUUCAGCUUCUCUUUGCUGCUGAGUUAUCAUGUUAAUUUCUUGUAUACACAAUGAGUUCAAACCUUAUAAUAGGCUACUGUAAUGAUGCCCUAGUGUUCUCAUGAUAAUCCAAGGUUUUCUUGAUAAUGCCAA